CUCUGCGUCUUCUCAGCCAACUCGCGUAGCUUCUCCACAGAAGUUUUAAAAAUGGAUUCGGAUUUGUAAUUGAAGUGGGUCUGGCUAGUUAUUUGCUGUAAAAUAAUCUCUGUUUUUUCAUAUCUCUUGAAUGGUCUUGCUUAUCUUCUCUCAACUCACUCUCUCUCUCCAUCUUUUUCUUCAACCUCUUUUAUUUUCCAGACCCCAGUCAAGGCAUGGUCGCGCGCAAUAACCCCCAAACACCCCAAACUCCUCUUCCCAGAUUGGCCGAUGAAACCCAUAUGUCUGCUUUUCCUCCUCCGUCUUCACCGUCUCCUUCUUCAUCUUCUUGUUCUUCAUUUUACAUGAAGAAAGAUCCUCAAGAGGACGUCUUUCCCUUCUGGGUAUCUGUCCUGAUGACACUGGAAGCUUACACGCAAAGACAAAGACCAAACCCAUCAACAUCAGCUGCUGCAGCAAGACCCUGCACCAUUCUCAGGGAUACGAGGUUCAUGGCCUUUCUCAUGGUACCGUUAGUUCUGUCUUGCCUCGUUGUCACUGUCUCCUCUUCUUGCACCCAAUUGGAUAAAGAGCCUCUCUUGGACUUCUCCAACGAUAUAUCCACAGAACCUCACCCUCCUCUUAAUUGGUCUUCUUCUGUUGAUUGCUGCUCUUGGGAAGGCAUUCUUUGCGGUGAGAGGAAUAUGAGUAAUGGGGAUCAGCGAGUUAUUGGCUUAUGGCUUCCAUACAGAGGUCUUUCUGGUUCAAUAUCCCCUGCUCUCACGAAACUCACUGGUCUGUCUCAGCUCAAUCUCUCCCACAAUCGACUUUCUGGUAAUCUCCCAAUCCAAUUCUUCUCGCUCCUUAAUCACCUGCAGAUUCUUGAUUUAAGCUACAAUCGUCUCUCUGAUGAAUUGCCGACCUCUGAUAUUAAUAACAAAACCAGUAGUAUUAUCCAGGAGCUUGAUUUGUCUAGCAACCUAUUUCAAGGAACACUCCCUUCUUCUUUCAUUCAGUACCUUGAAGCUGCUGCUGCAGCAGGGACUUUGACAUCUUUUAAUGUUAGUAACAAUAGCUUCAUAGGUUCAAUUCCCACUUCUCAACUUUGCAUUAGUGACAGUCUCAGAUUCUUGGACCUUUCCUACAAUAAAUUUAACGGUUCAAUUCAAUUUGGAUUGGGAGCAUGUUCCAAGCUUGAGAUUUUCCGAGCAGGUUUCAAUUCUAUCUCUGGGCCUCUUCCUGGUGCUCUUUUUGAUGCCGUUUCCCUUAGAGAGAUCUCCUUGCCCCUCAAUCAACUCUCUGGAAAUAUUGAUGAGGGCAUCGCUAGCCUCACCAACCUCACAGUCCUGGAGCUCUACUCCAAUGAUUUCGGAGGAUACAUACCACGAGGUAUGGGUAAGUUAUCCAAACUGGAAAAGCUACUCCUUCAUAUAAACAAUUUGACGGGUACUAUACCUCCAUCUCUGGUGAACUGUGUCAAUCUUGUUGAGUUAAAUUUAAGGGUCAACCUCUUGAAGGGGAAUCUUGCGGAAUUUAAUUUCUCCGGAUUCCAGCGGCUUAUCACUCUUGAUCUGGGCAACAAUAAUUUUACGGGCAAUUUACCAACAACCCUUUAUGCAUGCAAAUCACUGGCUGCAGUAAGGCUGGCAUCUAAUCAGCUUGAAGGACAGAUCACUCCAGACAUACUUGGACUCGAGUCUCUGUCUUUCCUAUCAAUAUCUACCAACUCUCUAAGAAAUUUCACAGGAGCUAUGAGGAUACUCUCAGGCCUCAAGAACCUUAGUAGCCUUGUCCUCUCAAAGAAUUUUUAUAAUGAAACCAUCCCGUAUGAUGAGAACUUGGUUGGCCGAGAUGGAUUCCAAAAACUCCAAGUGCUAGCCUUGGGUGGUUGUAAUUUCACAGGUCAAAUACCAGGAUGGCUUGCAAGGCUUAGGAUGCUCGAGGUCAUUGAUCUGUCCUAUAAUCUUAUCACUGGUUCAAUUCCUCCUUGGUUGGGUAAACUUCCACAGCUAUUCUACAUAGACUUGUCUCAUAACCAACUUACAGGAGUAUUUCCCACGGAACUCACAAGAUUUCCAGCAUUAACAUCACAACAGGCAAAUGAUAGAAUAGUAAGGUCUUACCUGGAGUUACCUGUCUUCAUUGUGCCGAACAAUGCUUCUCAGCAGCAGUAUAAUCAGCUUUCCAACCUACCACCAGCAAUAUAUCUGAGAAACAAUAGUCUGCGUGGCAAUAUUCCUGAGGAGAUUGGCCUCUUGAAAGUCCUACAUCAGUUGGAUCUGGGUAAUAACAACUUCUCUGGCAGUAUUCCAGUUCAAAUUUCUAACUUGACUAAUUUAGAGAAGUUAGACCUCUCAGGAAACAGACUAUCUGGUGAAAUUCCUGCUUCACUUAAAUGCCUGCAUUUCUUGUCAUUUUUCACUGUGGCAAACAAUGAUCUUCAAGGAGAGAUACCAACAGGUGGCCAAUUUGAUACCUUCCCUCCUUCCAGUUUUGCAGGAAACUCACGAUUGUGUGGUUCAGCUAUACAACGUUCUUGCCCUAGUCUACAAGGUAACAAUGCAUCUCAUCGCACUUCAAACAGAAAAAUCAUGAUUGGACUUGUCAUCGCAGUCUGUUUGGGCACUGUUUCUAUCAUGAUUGUUUUGGUAAUCUGGAUACUUUCGAAGAGGAGGAUCAAUCCAGGGGGAGACCCGGACAAGAUUGAACUGGAAUCAAUUUCUGCCUACUCCAAUAGUGGUGUUCAUCCUGAAGUUGAUAAGGAGGCUAGUCUAGUGGUAAUGUUCCCCAGCAAAACAAAUGAAGUCAAAGAUCUUAACAUAUUUGAGAUCUUAAAAGCCACUGAAAAUUUCAGUCAAGCAAACAUAAUAGGAUGUGGGGGUUUUGGUUUGGUUUAUAAAGCAACUUUACCUGAUGGAACUAAGCUAGCUAUCAAGAAACUUUCAGGAGAUUUGGGGCUCAUGGAAAGGGAAUUUAAAGCAGAGGUGGAGGCUUUGUCAACAGCCCGACACGAGAAUUUGGUUGCAUUGCAAGGUUACUGUGUACAUGAUGGCUUUCGGCUUCUCAUAUAUUCUUACAUGGAAAAUGGAAGUCUGGAUUAUUGGUUGCACGAGAAGCCUAAUGGUGCAACUCAACUUGAUUGGCCAACUCGACUGAAGAUAGCACGAGGUGCGGGUUGUGGGUUGGCUUACAUGCAUCAGAUAUGUGAACCACACAUUGUCCAUCGUGACAUAAAGUCAAGCAACAUCCUCCUUAAUGAGAAGUUUGAGGCACAUGUUGCAGAUUUUGGGUUGUCUCGGUUGAUUCUUCCAUAUCACACUCAUGUUACAACUGAACUUGUAGGUACAUUAGGUUACAUUCCCCCUGAGUAUGGACAAGCAUGGGUUGCCACUCUUAGGGGAGAUGUGUACAGCUUUGGGGUCGUCAUGCUUGAGCUGCUCACCGGGAGGAGACCUGUUGACAUAUGCAAGCCAAAAAUGUCAAGGGAAUUGGUUGGCUGGGUGCAACAAAUGAGGAGUGAAGGAAAACAAGAUGAAGUUUUCGACCCUCUUCUGAGAGGAAAGGGCUUUGAAGAGGAGAUGCUGCAGGUACUUGACGUGGCCUGCAUGUGUGUCAACCAGAAUCCUUUCAAGAGGCCAAGCAUCAAAGAAGUUGUUGAGUGGUUGAAGAAUGUAGGAUCAGCCAAACAACAACAGAAUAAAGAGUAGAGAAAAAUGAUUGUUCUUCAAAAAACCUUGACAGCAGAUAUGUAUACUUGUGCAAAAUUUUUUGUAUUUUGUACGUACAGAUUUUGAUUCUUACCACUGUAAAUGAUGAUUAUCACGAUAAUAAUGUUGCUAUUAUCAAGCUUUCAGAAAUCGAAGUAAAUUAUGUGAUCAUUCAUACUCAACCGAUGAACCUCUCUGUUUUUGUCA